AUGAAGCUCAGAACGUCUGCUCCGGGUUUACCUCUAUUAAAUUCACCGUUUCCAUUGUGUAGGUCGGUUAUUCGGGGACGGAGACACUAUGUAUUCUCCGCGUCUUCGGCAUCAUCAUUGCCGCCAAAACCACGCUAUUGGCUUCGAGUCGCGGUCGUGACCACUGCAGCAGCUGGCGUUGGUGCUUUUAUCAGAUCACAGCAAGAUACGAAAUCGACGACGCUAAAUCCCGUCACAUUCACUCCAUACUAUCUAGUUUCAAAGGAGCUGGUAUCGCCUUCCGGCAGCAUUUUUACUCUCAAAGCGCCCAAACCAGUUGGUGAUAAUUGCCAGGUCUAUGAGGAAGCAUGGAAGACCGGAAUCUGGAGCGUGAUGUUUAAGCAGCCACAGCUUCAGAUCGGAAGGGACUAUACCCCUCUUCCUCCUACGUUGGGUGAAGGACGGGAGGAGUCGCUGCGGUUCUUCAUCCGUCAGGACCCCCACGGUGAAAUGUCCCGGUAUUUGCAUGGUCUGGAUAUGGGAACUUCUAUAGAGAUGCGCGGGCCACAGAUUGAAUGUGAGAUCCCACUAGAUACUCAGCAGAUUCUCUUUAUUGCUGGGGGAACCGGUAUCGCUCCUGCCUUACAGGCAGGCCAUACCCUUCUUAGCCGCACGAACGAUACAUAUAAACCCGAGAUACACAUCCUUUGGGCGAAUAGAAGACGAGAUGAUUGUGCUGGUGGUACGAAUGACAGUGCCGCCACGACAUCAAGAUCGCAAGUGUCUUGGUUUUCCGGUCUGUUAAAGACGUCAAUAGCCGGCCGCACUCCGGCUGAACCCAUGAAGAGCGCCACUACUUUUUCAUCUCUUAUUGUGAAAGAGCUUGAGGCUCUCAAGUCUAAGUAUCCUGGACAGGUCACUGUGGAUUAUUUUGUUGACGAGGAAAACACGUUCAUCGGGAAAAAGGCUAUACUAGACCUAGCGGACUCUGCUCCUCCUGAUAAGGGGUCCCACAAACGCAAGAUGAUCUUCGUGUCAGGUCCAGAAGGCUUCAUUAGCUACAUGGCUGGACCGAAGCUUUGGGCACAGGGUAUGGAGCUCCAGGGACCGCUCCAGGGUAUCAUCAAAGAGCUUGACCUGAAGGAUUGGACUUCUCGAUUGAUGUCCUGUGGCCCUGGCAGGCGCUGGGCGUCCCUGCGCGUGCCGACCACUCCUCAACGACGUGCGUUCGCCUCCACCAGGUUCUACUUCCAAGAUGUGUUCCAAUCGCAGUUAGAUGAUCCCUCCUCAGCUGCGAUCUAUUCCUCCAUUCAGACGUCUAGAGCUGUUCCGCAGACACUCACAGAGAAGAUCGUUCAACAAUACUCUGUUGGUUUGGCCCCGGAUAAGUUUGUCCGAUCUGGUGACUAUGUCACGAUCUCGCCUCACCGGUGUAUGACUCACGACAACUCGUGGCCCGUUGCUCUGAAGUUCAUGUCUAUAGGCGCAACAAAGCUGCAUGACCCGAAGCAGAUUGUAAUGACGCUUGACCACGAUGUACAGAACAAGUCGGAGAAGAACCUACAAAAGUACCGUCAGAUUGAAGACUUCGCCAAACACCAGGGGGUUGAGUUCUAUCCCGCUGGAAGAGGCAUCGGUCAUCAAGUCAUGGUGGAAGAAGGCUAUGCCUGGCCCGGCACUCUUGUGGUCGCCUCUGAUAGCCACAGUAAUAUGUACGGUGGCGUCGGCUGCUUGGGUACCCCCAUUGUGAGAACGGAUGGUGCUAGCAUCUGGGCCACUGGGAAAACGUGGUGGCAGAUUCCGCCGGUUGCGAAGGUCACUUUGACUGGUGUAUUGCCACCGGGCGUGACCGGCAAGGACGUGAUCGUCGCUCUUUGUGGAUUGUUCGAUAAAGACGAUGUCUUGAACCAUGCAAUUGAAUUUACAGGCUCAGAGGAGACUAUGCGCAGUCUAUCUGUGGAUAACCGGCUGACUAUUGCCAACAUGACGACAGAGUGGGGUGCCUUGUCUGGUCUGUUCCCGAUUGACGGUGUCUUGAAGGGAUGGUUGAGGGGCAAGGCUACAACGGCAGCUAUGGGCCUCGCGGAGGGUCCAUUCAAGUCCCUAGCCCCUCGGCAUUUUACACACCCGCUUCUCGAGCAACUGUUUGACAACCCCCUGGUUGCUGAUAAGGGCGCCAAAUAUGCCAAGGAACUUUUCCUAGAUCUCUCUACACUUUCACCUUAUGUUUCUGGACCGAACUCUGUCAAGGUAGCCACACCUCUGAAGGAUUUAGAGGCUCAGAAUAUUAAAGUGAACAAGGCAUACCUUGUUUCGUGUACCAACUCAAGAGCUUCGGAUAUUGCCGCCGCUGCUAGAGUUUUCAAGGAAGCCGCAGAGAAGAAUGGGGGCAAGGUUCCCAAGAUCGCCGAUGGUGUUGAAUUCUAUGUUGCAGCUGCAUCUAUUCCCGAGCAGCUGGCCGCUGAAGAAGCUGGUGAUUGGCAGGCCUUACUUGACGCUGGAGCUACACCACUGCUACCAGGGUGUGCGCAAUGUAUUGGGCUAGGGACUGGCCUCUUGGAGCCUGGAGAAGUAGGAAUCAGUGCCUCGAAUCGUAAUUUCAAGGGUCGCAUGGGUAGCACCGAUGCUAAAGCAUACCUCGGUAGCCCUGAAGUUGUUGCCGCUAGCGCUUUGAGUGGAAAGCUCAGCGGCCCCGGCUGGUACCUGGCUCCUGAAGGUUGGACUGAAGUUGUGCGGGGCGAAGGAGACGGAAUUCGGGAGGAGGAUCGUAUGCUUACCGCUGAAGAAGCCUUGGAGAAGAUAAUUGGUCAGAUCGAUAACCUGGUUGCUGACGGUGAGAAACAAUUCAAUCCUGAAGAAAGCGAGGAAUCAUCGGAUGACUCCCUUACGGAGGUGUACCCCGGGUUCCCUGAGCGUGUUUCUGGUGAAAUUGUUUUCUGUGAUGCGGACAACAUUAACACCGAUGGUAUUUAUCCUGGCAAGUACACCUACCAGGACGAUGUUUCCCAAGAGACAAUGGCUCAAGUGUGCAUGUCCAACUACGAUACUCAGUUCUCGUCCAUCGCAAAAGAAGGUGACAUUCUGGUCACGGGCUUCAACUUUGGCUGUGGAAGCUCCAGGGAGCAGGCAGCAACUGCCAUUUUGGCAAAGAAGAUUCCUUUGGUUGUGUCUGGAAGCUUUGGCAAUAUUUUUUCCCGCAAUAGUAUUAACAACGCUCUGAUGGGCCUGGAGGUUCCUCGUCUCAUUAGCCGUCUCCGAGAGAGCUUUUCUGGAGACUCCCUUACCCGCCGCACUGGCUGGACCCUAACCUGGGACGUCCGAAGGAGCCGCAUCGAGGUCCAAGAGGGAGAGAAUGGUCCCAAGUGGACACAAAAGGUUGGAGAGCUCCCUCCCAACGUACAAGAGAUUAUCGCCAAGGGAGGUUUGGAGCAAUGGGUCAAAAACGAAAUCGGUGCUUAA